AUGCACCUCGCCGCACUAUAUAACCCUCUUCGUCUCCUUCCUCCCUUUCAGCAGUUGAAGAAUGCCGCAAUUGGAGGAAGAAUUGUUUCCUUCAACGCCCGGGAGGAUCAAGAGCGAUCCUUCCAAAGCUUCAUCACUUCCGGCAGCCGAUACCUCCACCACACAAGUCACACCAGCAUCGGUGAUCUCCACUGGGAGAAGCAAAUCCGUUCCUCCGCCCAGAUCCGUCGUCAAAACGGUCUCACCGUACUCGUCACCGGCGCAGCCGGCUUCGUCGGCACACACGUCUCACUAGCUUUAAAGAAACGCGGCGAUGGCGUCGUCGGAAUUGAUAACUUCAACGACUACUACGACCCGUCGUUGAAAAAAUCCCGCCGGUCGAUGCUCGAAUCCUACCAUAUCUUCAUCGUUAAAGGAGAUAUCAACGACCAGAAGCUCUUAGCAAAGCUCUUUGAAAUCGUCCCGUUCACACACGUCAUGCACUUGGCGGCGCAGGCCGGCGUAAGGUACGCCAUGGAAAACCCGAAUUCGUAUGUCCAUAGUAACAUAGCAGGUCUGGUAACACUUCUUGAACAAUGCAAAUCGGCCGAUCGGCAACCGGCAAUCGUAUGGGCAAGCUCCAGCUCCGUUUACGGGUUAAACGAGAAGGUACCAUUUUCAGAAUCCGAUCAAACCGAUCAACCGGCGUCGCUUUACGCCGCCACCAAGAAAGCCGGAGAAGAAAUCACACACACUUACAAUCAUAUCUACGGAUUAUCCAUAACCGGGUUGAGAUUCUUCACAGUUUAUGGGCCAUGGGGGAGACCCGACAUGGCUUAUUUCUCUUUCACGAAGAACAUCUUACAGGGGAAACCGAUAACUGUGUAUCGGGGAAAAGAUCGGGUCGAUUUGGCCCGGGAUUUUACUUAUAUUGAUGAUAUCGUGAAAGGGUGUGUGGCGUCGUUGGAUACGGCGGGGAAGAGUACAGGUUCCGGUGGGAAGAAACGGGGACCGGCGCCGUACCGGAUUUAUAAUCUGGGGAAUACUUCGCCGGUGACGGUGCCGACGUUGGUGAGUAUACUGGAGAAGAAUUUGAAGAAGAAGGCGAAGAAGAAUAUGGUGGAGAUGCCUGGAAACGGCGACGUUCCGUUUACACAUGCGAAUAUUAGUUUGGCCCAACGGGAACUCGGGUAUAAACCGUCUACUGAUUUGUCAACCGGGUUGAGGAAGUUUGUUAAAUGGUAUCUCACAUAUUACGGCUAUAAUCAAGGCAAGGGUAAUUCUGUAAAUUUGUAG